UUGAUGUGUCAUUAAAUCAUUCGAUAAACAUUAUAUUUUUUAUGGCACAGCCUAACCAUAAUUAUUGAAUAUUAUUAUUACUUUUCAGGCAGCGACGAUGGAAAGGGGAAAUGACCAAUCCAGUUGCGACAGAAGGAUUCUGCUGUGCUCUUGUGUUGUGAUCUACGUUUUGUGGGUGGUGCAAGAAGUUUUCCCACAGUCUUUAACUGCCUGGAACACCCGUACCUAUUACACCAUAUUGGAGAUACACAGGGAUUGCUGGCAUUGCUUUAUGGCCGACUAUAUGAUUGUGACAAUUGGCGUUCAGUGUCUCACUUUUUUACUUCUGAUCGUGACCAUUCCGUUGGUGGUCUUCCGGUUGGCCCGCGGUAUUCGAAUUUAUGUGACUAUACUCUUCCUUACCAUCUGGCUGGAAUUGAUGUUGUCUUUGGUUUUAACACAAGAAUAUCAAGCCAUUGGUGAUGUAACGCGAAUGUGGAAAUACAAAAACAGUCUGACGUUCUUCGAAGUUAAAUACAAAUGCUGCGGCGUUUUGGGCCCCGGGGAUUAUGUAGUGAUGGGUGGCUCGACACCCAACUCUUGCUACAAGGAUAGCAGUGGAAAGAGCGAGGAUCUUUACACCACAGGCUGCUCAACUAUCUCCGUACAACCCAUUAAACUCACCGUAACUGUGGUUGUCUCCCUCAUUUGCAAGAUCAUCAUGCUUAUAGCUCUGGUCAUAUAUAUGAUUUUCCUGAACCGAACCGGUACCCCGAUGCGCAGAUGGACCUGGCUGCAUCCGGCUGUCCGAAGAGAAUCUCCGUCUUGAAGCCCUCCAAGGAUUUCGUGGGGAAAUCCUUAACUUUUUUGGGAUGGGACUCAAGCAGCAGAUUGAAAUCCAGAUUCGAUGUUCGCCCAAUGGGAAUGGGUAUUGGCUUUGGAGUUUGGCAAGACGACAGACAAAUUGGAUGCUGGCUCUCGUCAUAUUUCACGGACUGCAAUCAAUAACGAUAAACACUUGAGUCCCGCAUCCGAUGUCCGGGAUACCGAGUUGGCAUGCAUAUGGAUGAGCCAAUAAAGGAAUCACCAAAGCAUGUCCGGCGAUUGAAAAAGUAUUGCAAAUGCCAGGACACGGGACACGGGACACUGAAUCGAAAUCGGACCCCAAUCCGGACACGGAGCCCUCGACAAUCGCAACAAUAUGCAAAUGCAGCUAAGCAGAAAAUAUUCAAGGACAUCUCACCACCGCCCCCUUCCCGAGCUUUGGUUUCCACCUCCUCCUCCUCCUCGUUUUAUGUGCUCCGUGCCGCCCUGUAAAUUUUAUUGUUGUCAACAUUAAAUUCUGGUCGUGGAAAACAAUUUUGCAGCAUUUGAAAAU